ACUCCCAUUGUCAAAGCCAACAACCGGUCCCUCACUUACACCAUACUUGUCUCUCUUCAGCUCUGCUUUCUCUCCUCUUUUUUGUUCCUCAGCCAACCUGGCAAAGUGAUCUGCCUUCUCCGGCAACCUACUUUUGGAAUCACCUUCUCAGUGGCCAUUUCUAGUGUUCUGGCCAAAACCAUCACUGUGGUUGUGGCUUUCAUGGCCACUAAACCAGGCUCUCAGAUGAGGAAAUGGGUGGGGAAAAGAUUGGCUGUUUCUAUUGUCAUCUCAUUCUCUCUCCUACAAGUGUGUCUUUGUAUUCUUUGGUUGUCAACAUCUCCCCCAUUCCCUGAGAUGGACAUGCAGUCAGAGCUCCAAGAAAUGGUUUUACAGUGCAAUGAGGGGUCAGCUUUCUUCUUCUACUGUGUUUUGGGCUACAUGGGUAUCUUGGCCAUCGCCAGCUUUAUUGUGGCUUUCCUUGCCCGUAAAUUACCUGACAGCUUUAAUGAAGCCAAGUUCAUC